GACACACAACAACAAGACAAUACAUUGCAUGGGGCUUGCACAGGAAGUGAGUAACCCAGCAUUCUGCUGUCCCUCUUUAAAGAUGGUGAAGCUGGACAUUCACACGUUGGCUCAUCACCUCAAGCAGGAGCGGCUGUAUGUCAACUCUGAAAAGCAGCUUAUCCAGAGGCUGAAUGCAGAAGUGCUGAAGACAGCGGAAAAGCUGUACCGCACAGCAUGGAUAUCCAAGCAGCAGAGGAUUAACUUGGACCGACUAAUCAUAACGAGUGCUGAAGCUUCCCCUGCUGAAUGUUGCCAACAUGCUAAGGUCUUGGAGGAUACGCAGUUUGUGGAUGGAUACAAGCAGCUGGGCUUUCAGGAGACAGCCUACGGAGAAUUCCUCAACCGUCUGCGUGAGAAUCCUCGUCUUAUCGCUUCCUGCCUGGUUGCUGGAGAGAAGCUCAACCAAGAGAAUACGCAAAGUGUCAUUCAUACAGUCUUUACCUCCAUCUAUGGCAACUGCAUCAUGCCUGAAGAUGAAAGCUACCUCCUCCAGGUCUUGCGCUACUUGAUUGAGUUUGAACUCAAGGAGAGCGAUAACCCCAGGCGGCUUCUGAGGAGAGGCACUUGUGCCUUCAGUAUUCUGUUCAAACUCUUCUCGGAGGGGCUUUUUUCUGCCAAGCUUUUCCUCACCGCCACAUUGCAUGAGCCCAUCAUGCAACUGCUGGUCGAGGACGAAGACCACCUGGAAACUGACCCCAACAAAUUGAUUGACCGCUUCUCGCCUGCCCAGCAGGAGAAGCUGUUUGGAGAGAAGGGUACAGAAAGGUUCCGGCAAAAAGUUCAGGAGAUGGUGGAGUCCAACGAGGCCAAGCUGGUGGCUUUGGUGAACAAGUUCAUUGGUUACCUCAAGCAGAACACAUACUGCUUUCCUCAUAGCUUGCGGUGGAUCGUGUCCCAGAUGUACAAAACACUUUCAUGCGUUGACAGGCUGGAUGUUGGGGAAGUGAGAGCCAUGUGCACAGACCUCCUCCUGGCCUGCUUAAUUUGCCCUGCUGUUGUCAAUCCUGAACAAUAUGGGAUUAUUUCUGAUGCCCCCAUCAACGAAGUGGCAAGGUUUAACCUGAUGCAGGUUGGAAGGCUUUUGCAGCAGUUGGCAAUGACCAGUUCUGAAGAGGGAGACCCCCGCACAAAAAGCCACCUGGGUAAAUUUGACAAAGGUUGUGUGGCUGCGUUUUUGGAUGUUGUUAUCAGUGGGCGGGCAAUGGAAACCCCUCCUAUGUCAUCGGUUAACCUCCUGGAAGGACUGAGUAGAACAGUGGUUUACAUGACCUAUGGACAACUUACAACUCUGGUCAGCUUUAUGCGGAACGUCAUGUCUGGCGACCAGCUGAAAGAAGACCGGAUGGCUCUGGAGAGCCUUCUGCUUAACUUACCCCAGAACAAACCAGGCAAAAGUAGCAGCCUAGAAAUGACACCGUACAACACACCACAACUUUCUCCUGCAACUACACCAGCCAACAAAAAAAAUCGGUUGCCUAUAGGACAACAGUUGGCAGCCAUCACUGCCUGGGACACGUCCGCCACCAACCUGACAUCUCACAUAAACCUAGUAACCCCAUUUGCUACCCGCAGUAGGAGCCGGUCAAAUAUUCAAGCCGAGCAGCACGCAGACCAUGAUGGAUUCUCCCAGGAGGCAAUACAGGAAGUUCAGCCAGAAGAAGUCUUGGUUAUUUCUCUUGGGACGGGACCCCAAAUAACGCCAGGGAUGAUGUCGGAAAAUGAGGUUUUAAACAUGCAGCUUGCUGAUGGCGGGCAAGGAGAUGUCCCUGUCGAUGAAACCAAACUCCACGGUAAACCUGAUAAAACCUUGCGCUUUUCCCUCUGCAGUGAUAAUCUGGAAGGAAUAUCUGAAGGGCCUUCGAACCGCUCCAAUUCUGUUUCCUCACUGGAUUUGGAAGGGGAAUCUGUGUCUGAACUGGGUGCAGGUCCUUCAGGAAGCAAUGGGGUGGAAGCACUGCAACUGUUGGAGCACGAGCAAGCCACCACUCAGGAUAAUCUUGAUGACAAGCUCCGUAAAUUUGAGAUCCGUGACAUGAUGGGGUUAACAGAAGACAGGGACAUCUCGGAAACCGUAAGCGAGACCUGGAGUACUGACGUUCUGGGGAGUGACUUCGAUCCAAAUAUUGAUGAGGACCGCUUGCAGGAAAUUGCAGGUGCUGCAGCAGAGAAUAUGCUGGGAAGCUUGCUCUGUUUGCCUGGCUCAGGAUCAGUGCUGUUUGACCCCUGUACAGGCUCAACCAUCUCAGAAACCACCAGCGAAGCUUGGAGCGUCGAAGUGCUACCGAGCGAUUCAGAAGCUCCUGACUUGAAACAGGAAGAAAGACUGCAGGAACUGGAGAGCUGUUCUGGUGUGGGAAGCACCUCGGAUGAUACUGAUGUUCGGGAAGUGAGCUCCCGCCCUAGUACGCCAGGCCUCAGUGUUGUGUCAGGUAUUAGCGCAACCUCUGAAGACAUCCCAAACAAAAUUGAAGACCUUCGGUCUGAGUGCAGCUCUGACUUUGGUGGAAAAGAUUCAGUAACCAGUCCUGAUAUGGAUGAAACAAGUCACAGUGCCAGCCAGUUGACCUCUCCCCCUUCCCAGACAGAGUCCUUGCUUGCCAUGUUCGACCCUUUGUCUUCUCAUGAAGCAGUGGUGAGACCUAAAGUGCACUAUGCGAGGCCUUCACAUCCUCCGCCAGAUCCUCCAAUCCUGGAAGGAACCCUGGGAGGCAAUGAUGCUAGAUUGCCCAACUUUGGCUCCCACACUGCAGUCCUCAUUGACUCUGAGACCUUCAAGCAACGGUACUCUUAUCCUGAAAGACUUGUGCGGAGCAGGAGCUCUGAUAUUGUGUCUUCGGCUCGGAGACCAAUGAGCGAUCCUGGCUGGAACAGGCGAGCUGGUAAUGAAGAGAGGGAGCUUUCCGGGCCUGGUGGCAGCAUAGGAGGAGCUGCCUUGAUCACAGCUCCUCAAUCCUCUUCCUCAUCUCCCAGCAAAGAUUCUUGUAGAGGAGAGAUGGAGGACAGGAAGGACAGUGAUGAUGAAAAAUCUGAUCGGAACAAGCCAUGGUGGAGAAAGCGUUUUGUUUCAGCUAUGCCGAAAGGUAAAAUUUUACGAAAAAAGGAGAAACAAGACAAGGACAAAGAUGACUUUGUGCCUGACAGAUACGCUUCCCUUCAAGAUGAUCCUGGUCCAAGACUGAGCGCUCAGGCCCAAGCUGCAGAAGACAUCCUGGACAAGUACAGGAACGCAAUCAAGCGCACCAGUCCCAAUGAGGGGGCUGUUGUGAGCUAUGACAGUACAGAUGCCAUUGGAGAUGGAGAAAGCAUCCAUGACUCUACACGGGACGAUACCUUGCAGAACAUGUCUGCGGAUGACCUUCCAGAUUCUGCCAGUCAAGCAGCUCAGCCCCAGGAUUCAGCUUUCUCAUACAGGGAUGCAAAGAAGAAACUACGACUUGCGCUCUGUUCAGCAGACUCUGUGGCCUUCCCCAUGUUGUCUCACUCGACACGGAAUGGCCUUCCAGACCAUACAGAUCCUGAAGACAAUGAAAUUGUGUGCUUCCUAAAAGUCCAGCUAGCUGAAGCCAUCAACCUUCAGGACAAAAACCUGAUGGCCCAACUCCAAGAAACAAUGCGUUGCGUUGGCCGCUUUGACAACAGGAUUUGCCGUAAACUGCUGGCCUCGAUUGCUGAGGAUUACAGGAAAAGGGCUCCUUAUAUUGCAUACCUGACAAGGUGCCGCCAAGGCCUGCAGACCACCCAGGCCCACCUGGAAAGGCUGUUGCAGCGAGUCUUGCGAGAUAAAGUAGUGGCCAACCGAUACUUCACCACUGUGUGUGUGCGGCUGUUAUUGGAGAGCAAAGAGUCAAAGAUAAGGGAGUUCAUUCAAGAUUUCCAGAAGCUGACCGCAGCUGAUGACAAGACUGCCCAAGUGGAGGACUUCCUCCAGUUCCUGUACGGGGCGAUGGCCCAAGAUGUCAUCUGGCAGAAUGCCAGUGAGGAACAGCUCCAGGACGCCCAGCUGGCCAUUGAGCGCAGUGUCAUGAACCGCAUCUUCAAGCUGGCCUUUUACCCCAACCAGGAUGGAGACAUUCUGCGGGACCAGCUUCUCCACGAUCACAUCCAGAGGUUAUCUAAGGUAGUGACAGCCAACCAUAAAGCACUCCAGAUCCCUGAGGUGUAUCUCCGUGAAGCACCGUGGCCGUCGGCGCAGUCUGAAAUCCGCACUAUCAGUGCCUACAAGACUCCCCGGGACAAGCUGCAGUGCGUCUUGCGGAUGUGCUCCACCAUCAUGAACCUGCUGAGCCUGGCGAACGAAGACUCUGUCCCUGGGGCAGACGACUUCGUCCCUGUCCUUGUGUUCGUACUCAUAAAGGCCAAUCCACCCUGCCUGUUGUCCACUGUCCAGUACAUCAGUAGUUUCUAUGCCAACUGUUUAACUGGAGAGGAAUCCUACUGGUGGAUGCAGUUUACGGCAGCGGUGGAGUUCAUUAAGACUAUCGACGAACGCAAGUGAUGUGCGCCGGCGCCUUUGAACGAAACUGCUCAGAGCGAAGGACCUCUAAGAAUGUAAUGCUGCCUGCUAACCUGCCCCUCCCAGGCGACAGAGAAACAAAGCAAAAGACUUUCAGGUGUAAAUAUUGUACAGAAUCCAGGCAUUUUAAAACAAACCUUUACUAAUUAGACUAAUCCCAAUAGGGGUGGAUUGAGGGGGGGAGCAUAUUGUUUUGUUGUCUUUCUUUCUCUCUCUCUUUUUUAAUCCUCCUUCCCUUAAAAACUAGCACUGUGUCAAAUGAUAAUUCAAAAAGGGACCACAUCAUUAAGGUAUGCUGGGAUCUCCAGGCCUUGUCCUCUGCUGCCACAACAUCCAUGUUGACAUCUUUUUCUAACACUUGGGUUCAAAUUAUUUUUUUAAAUACUCUUUUUUUUUUAAAUUUAGGGGUGGGAAAAUGAGGGCCAGCACUUUUGGGUGAUCUUUAUUUACACAUUUUAUAUAUAUAUAUAUAUUCUUUUUUGGAGGAGAAGGAAGAUGCAGGCCACAUGGGACAGUUUCAAGCGAAUGGAUGCUGAGGGGAAAACUUGAAAUGCAAAAGAACACUGUAGAUAAAACACAAGCAACAACACUGAACAAACCUUUUGCCACCAUUGGCCUUGUUAGCUUGCCUUUCCGGCAGCAAAUGUGCGACCCAUUUGUCUGGGUAAACGCUUUGACUCUUGGGGGGAGUUUAAGCUACGUUUUGUGGGAAGGGGCUUCAGCCUGAGUAUUUAUUAAAAUGUAAAUGCUUACCUAGAAUUACUAAAACUGGAACAUUUUCACCGGGCUUUCUCACUAGCAUUUGUUGUUUUUAUUUUUGGGAAUAGGGCAUUGGAGUCUUCAUCUAUUGCACAUAAGAAAUUAGGCUUGGAGUUUAUAAAGAGGGGAUUGUCUGAAAAGUUCUAAUAUAAAAAUAAAGCAUCAGUGACUUUCUAUGUUUUUUUCCCCUUCCCUUCCGAAAUACUGUGUAUAUUGUACAAACCCCGAACAAAAUUUUCCCUAUGAAGCCAGAAACUGUAAUAUAUAUUUUGAUUAUUCAUAUUAAAAACAUACGCCAGGGGUUUGA